GAUGAUUAUCACAACAACGACCUAUGACUGGCUAUUACCGGUUACCACUUUCAACGGUUGCCAUCUCAUCUCCCACUGUUUCCUCUUGCAAGAAUCUUACAAAUACUUUUUUCAGCACUUCUUCUCUAGUCUUUCUUUCCCCAAGUCCACCCCCCUCUCUGCUUCUCCAAGAUAUAUUAUAUAUUUAUGACUGCAACUUCCAUUUGGCAUCAUUGACAUUGAGUUUUGGUUAGAGAAGUUUAGCAAUUUGGUUGAAAUGGAUCCAAGGUUUAAUGGAAACCCGAGUUCUUUGAAUGAUUUUCGACUAGUGAACCAAUCAUUACCUAUUUCUUCAGAUGGGAAGAUGAUUAAUGGUCCGAGAUUUGAACUUAUUUAUCCAGAUCAGAAGCUACACAAUGGUCCUAGACUUGAAAAUAGUUUUAACCUACACAAUUUUGGUGGUGUUGGAUAUAUAAACGGUGACCGCUUACCAAGUAAUCUAGAAUCAAGAUCUGACCUUGGUGUUGAGGACGACUUGAACGAAGAUAUUGACUUCUCGGAUGCAGUUUUGAGUUAUAUAAAUCAGAUGCUUAUGGAAGAAGAAAUGGAGGACAAGACAGACAUGCUUCAGGAAUCGUUGGAACUUCAAGCAAAAGAAAAGACAUUCUACGAGGCCCUUGGCAAGAAGUAUCCACCUUCGCCAGAGCAAAAUGCGUUUACUAAUCAGUACAAUGAGAGUCCUGAUGAUUACUUCUCGGGAAGUAUAUACAAUUCCACAAGUAAUACUAGUGAAAAUAGUGGUAACUUAGUUGAUUCAAGGGCAGUUAACAUUUCCAUGGACUACAAUUCUGCUUAUGUCGAAGGCCUUUCAUUUCAUAAUACUUCAGUAUGCUCAUCAAAUAGUGGGAAUACUAUUGUAGAUGGGUUCUUAGACUCUCCUGUUAGUUCUCUUCAUAUUCCUGAUAUAUAUAAUGAGAGCCAAUCUAUUUGGAGCUUUAGGAAAGGAGUUGAAGAAGCAAGUAAAUUCCUCCCAACUAAUAAUAAGUUGUUGAACAAUGACUUGCCGUCUCUGGAGUCUAAAGGGGAAGCUGGUUAUGUGGAGAAAAAUGAUGAGGGAGAGACUUCCCCAACUGAGGCGAGAGGGAGGAAAAAUCCUCAGAGGGAUGAUAAUUAUACUGAAGACGAAAGAAGUAGCAAACAGGCGGCAGUUUUUACAGAAUCAACACUUCGGUCUGAGGAGUUUGAUAUUGUCUUGCUGCAUAGCAUGGGAAAGGGAGAGGAAGCACUGGAAGCUUAUCGACAGAACCUGCGGAAUGCUAAAAGCAAAGCCACAGUGCAGAUACCAAAAGGAUCAAAAGGAGGAAAGGGCCGCGGGAAAAAGCAAGGUGGAAAGAAGGAAGUCAUAGAUUUAAGAACUCUUAUGAUAAAUUGUGCGCAGGCUGUAGCUGCUGAUGAUUCCAAGAGUGCGUAUGAACUGUUGAAACAGAUCAGACAACAUUCAUACCCUUUUGGAGAUGGAAACCAGAGAUUGGCUCAUUGCUUUGCAGAUGGUCUCGAGGCGCGCUUGGCUGGUACCGGUAGCCAGAUUUAUAAGGCCCUUGUCAGUAAACGAACAUCUGCAGCCGAUCUUUUGAAGGCCUACCAUUUGUAUCUUGCGUCAUGCCCAUUCAGGAAAAUCUCAAGUUUUGCUUCAAACAAGACGAUCAUGAUAAAGGCAGAGAAUGCAACAAGGGUUCAUGUCAUUGACUUUGGCAUCCUAUAUGGAUUCCAGUGGCCUACAUUCAUCCAACGUAUUGCAGAAAGAGAAGGGGGCCCACCAAAGCUUCGUAUUACUGGUAUAGAGUUUCCCCAACCAGGCUUCAGGCCAGCGGAACGGAUUGAGGAAUCUGGUCGCCGUUUGGCUGAUUAUGCUCGGUCCUUUAAUGUUCCAUUUGAAUACCAUGCAAUUGCAAAGAAAUGGGAGACCAUCACAGUAGAUGAUCUAAAGCUCGACAAGGAUGAAUUUCUCGCUGUCACCUGCUUGUAUCGCUUUAAGAACCUGUAUGAUGAGACUGUGGUAGCUGACAGUUCAAGAACUGUUGUUCUCAACCUCAUAAGGAAGAUCAAUCCCGAUAUCUUCAUCCAUGGUAUUGUCAAUGGGGCAUAUAGUGCCCCAUUUUUUGUUACACGAUUUCGUGAGGCCUUAUUCCACUUUUCAGCACUAUUUGAUAUGCUUGAAACUAUUGUUCCGCGAGAGAUUCCCGAGAGAGGGUUAAUUGAGAGAGAGAUCUUUGGGAGGGAAGCCCUGAAUGUCAUAGCUUGUGAGGGGUGGGAAAGAGUUGAAAGGCCAGAGACAUACAAGCAGUGGCAAGUCCGUAUCCUGGGGGCAUGGUUUACGCAAAUACCUUUUGAACGGGAGUUUGUGAACAAGGCAGUAGAAAAGGUGAGGUUAGGAUACCAUAGAGAUUUUGUAAUUGAUGAAGAUAGCCAAUGGUUGUUGCUGGGGUGGAAAGGAAGAACAAUUUACGCCAUAUCGUGUUGGAAACCUGUUUAAAGAAACUUGAAACACAUCCUUCCUUUGGAAACACCAAGUCAGCCCAUAUAUUUGCAAAUCAAAUGCUGCAAAACAGUUUGUAAUUGGCUGCUCAUGUCUUGAUACAUACAAUAAUAGAGACUGCUUGCAGAAGCAACAAGUAGGUCAUUCGGUUGCUAAACCCCUUGAGUUCGUAAAUGUGACCAGCCCAAAAAAUGCCGCUUACAACUUCAACAACCAACAUAUAAUCAGACAAGGUGAGGAAUUGGUACAUGUUCUUGGAGGCGAUCGUCAGUGUAUAAAGCGAGUGACUUGAUCCUUAAAUGGAAUGAUUGAUUGAAUCAAUAUUGCAUAGAUGAAUGACAUAGGCCAUAAAAUCAUACAUUGAACAGCUUGCGGACCGGCCAUUACUGCGUGGUGUGCAUCUGAUAUGUAUUCAGGAACGCUUUGAACUUAGCAAUGCAUUUUUUUAAAAAGAACAAUAAUUUUAUUGAUGAAUCUUUGUGGGUACUAUUCUGUUUGCCCGUUGAUUCUUCUAUCCGGAUUGUUCUCCGUGAUUCGAGGGCUUAAGUGCAAUGUAUUUCUCGAACGUAGGAUGAUGUGGACUUCCUUGGGAUGUAUUUGAUCUCUGUGAAAAGGAAGAUCAUCUCUUGAUCUCUUCGUCGGCUUUGAGAAAGACAAUAUUUGAUUUCUUUGAUCUCUUUGAGAAUAUCCAGGAGUUUAUGGGAUUUUCGAUA